UUGUCAGUGUGACGUAAUUAAAAAACGUCAAGUUCAUUCGUGUUUAUUUUAUUUCGGCGCCUAAAACUUUUACUUUGGUGAAUUACUAUAAAAUUGUUGACUUGUUAUUAUGCGUGAGCAAAAAUAACAUUAUAACAAUGGAGGAAGAAAAACUUAUUCGUAGAAAGAAGAAGGCUUUGAACGGUAGCAACAGGCGUGUUUUAGCUGAAGCUUAUAAUGAUUUGGCAUCGUUUUACUACAAGCACAAUCGUUAUAAUGAUGCUCUUGACGAGUAUAAGAGCGAGGCGGCGAUCUGUAAAGAGUUGGGGCUUCGUAUGGAAUGGGGUACUUGUAACAGGAUGAUCGGUGAAAUGUAUAUGCUGCUGGCGGAAUUUGACAAAGCUCUGAAGUAUGAGGAGCGACACUUAGCUGUAGCGAAAGAGUUAAAGAACUUGGUGGAAGAACAAAGAGCUAUGGCAACACUAGGCAGAAUAUAUUUAUUACAAGGACAAAGUAGUAAUGAUGAGGAUGAAGCUAAAACCUCCUUGAAAGCUGCUGAAAAAGCAUUCAUGAAAAGUCUUGUGUUGUGUGAGAACUUAAAUGGCAAAAUAAACAAACAUGAACUGAUGGACAUGAGAGCUCGGUUGCUCCUCAACAUUGGCGUAGUGCAGGAACAUUUAGGAAACUUAGACAAAGCUUUAGAUUGCAUCAACAAAGCCAUUUCAAUAUGUUCAAGUCAGGAUUUGUAUGAAGUUCUGCACAAUUGUUAUACUACAGAGGCUUUGUUGCUUUGUAAUAAGAAGAAGGAUUAUGCUAAGGCUUUGAGCUGCUUGAAUAAAGCACUUGAAGUUGCUAGCAGACUGGAAGAUAAGGUUCUAAAAACAUGUGAGACUCUAUCGUCUAAGGCAGAUAUCCUGUGCAAGAUGUCAGACUAUCAGAGUGCUAAGCAAGUGCUGCUCAAGGCCUGGAAGAUGAAGACGCCUGAUGAAGAGGAAAGUGAGAGCAUUGAGGCAAAUCUUAGAGUUGUGGCAGCAAUGUGUUACACAGAAGACCUACUGAUAUCAACGGACCCAACUGACCACAUCACAUUUAAGAAACACUAUGAGAAGCUAGGAGAUGGAGCUUGUCAUUUACGUAACUAUGCGGGCGCGGUUGAGUAUUAUCUGAAGAUGCUGGAUCAUGCAGAAUUGGCGGGGGAGUGUGGGAAAACGCUCAUACCUAUUUAUGUUAGUCUUUACCAAACUUACAAGGACAUGGGAUCUUACAACGAAGCCCUAUAUUACUACGACAAAGAAUAUGAAUUGAUCAAGGAUGUUCCGAAAGAGGCUUUCACGACGAUGUACAAUAUUGCAGAAACUUUAUUCCUUGCUAAGAAACCAUAUGACCAGAUUGAGAAGGCUUGUUUAGAGGCCAGGAGAGCUGCCCAAGAAUGGAACAAAAGAAAAUAUGAAAUCCGAGUAUUAAAAAGCCUCUUGAAAUAUCAAGAGGAAUAUUCUGAGACUGACAAAAUGGAACGAACUAAGGAUGACCUUAGAGCUUUAGGGUAUGACAACUUGGAUAACUUGGAGAAUUCAGAAGACGAGCAGAGCUCUGCCGGUGGAGGGGACGAGGAUACCACUCAUAUUGGUGACGAUAUAUGCCUUGAAGAUCUUACUGAUUUGUCAGACACAAAUGAGGAAGAAGUAACGGAGACCAAACGCGAGUCUCGGAAGCGAGGGAAAGGCUUUACUAUCAAGAAGAAUAUGAAGGGAGAAACCCAGUUGCAUGUCGCAAGUAUAUCAGGCAACAAGCUCCUAGUAGAACGUCUCAUAGCUCAAGGUCACCCCGUGAACAUAAGAGACAAUGCUGGCUGGCUGCCUCUACACGAAGCCUGCAUUCACGGUCAUGUGGAGAUCGUUAAUAUACUGAUCAAUAGUGGCGCUAAUGUUAAUGAUAGAGGAGGCUCCAAUUGUGAUGGCAUAACCCCCCUAUACGACGCGGCAAGUAACGGCCAUUUAGACGUAGUACAAUUGCUACUAGAAAAAGGCGCGAUACCCUCACUAAAGACAGACUUCGGCGAAACACCAUUACGCGUCCUACAAAAAUGGCGGACAAGCACCAUACUAACGAAAGACGAUGAAAUAAUGUAUAACAACAUAUGUAACAAAAUCCAUAGUUUAAUAGACAAGACUAAUACUACAGAUAUAUUAAACAGAUCAAAAUCUAAGACGCCUGUAAAACCAGUCAAAGAUGUGACGCCACCAAGUACAUCUAAAAUGACGAGUCGAAUCAAAGAACUUGACACUCCAGUAUUCAAAAGGAGAAAUAUAAUUGAUGACGAUAGUGACGAUGAUAUGAAUUUGUCACAAGUUGUUAGAAAUGAGGCUGCAUUCCCUUCCGAUGACUCUGAUCUAUCAUCUGAUGAUGGUAAAAGUAAUAAAGAUAAAAAGAAAUCCACAGGAGUUAAAGAAUACAGAAAUGCUAUAGAAGCGCUUAGAAAUAGAAGUAUGACUGAUUUACCUGAAGUUGAUUUGAAGAAAUCUAAAGUGAAACCUGCUUUGUUAGACCCUGAAGAAGUUGACGAUGACUGGCUUGAUGACGAUCUAGGAAUAAACAAAAACAAUAAAAAAAGAAAACUCAGUGAUCCUCUAACGACAGUUGCUAAAAAACCUUCAUACGAAAGCAUAAAAGACAAAAUAGAAGAAAUUAACAAAAUAUCUGAACCUCUAGUUGAAAGCAAUAAGUUCAACGUCAAAAAGAAAUCCAGAAUCAGUGAUGUUAUUGACGUUAGUGAAAACAGUUCGGACUCCGAUAGUUUCCAAAGGAACGAAAAUGUUCGUCCAAAAGUUUCUGCAGCUGAAUCAAUGAGAAAUAUUGCUAAGGAACUGAAUGAGACUAAAUCUAGAGAUAGCCGAGAUAAUAUGAAAAGGCGUUGGAAACGACAGAGUACGUUGUUAAAAGCUGGUUUUCAGAGACAGAGGGAAGAUGUUGACCAAUCAAGCAACAGUGGUAGCGAAACGGAAUAUUCUAGAAGGGAGUUAAACAAAAGACUGACGCCUACCGGGUUUACACGGAAGACAUCGGGCGAGAACUUCCAUUAUAAUUCAAAUGUUCACAAUGAAGGUUUUAAUAUAAUGCAGAGUAUGAACCCAAAUAUUGUGCAGCCAAUGAAUGUGAUACAACCUAUAAAUAUUGUUCAGUCUACUAAGAAUGGAAGACCAGUACAAACGCAAAUUUUGCCGCCGGCAGCUGUGAAAGUUCAAGUUGAAGAUAAAGUGCUUCUGAUAUCGUUGAAACUGGAUACGAUUAAUAGGUUGACAAUCAGCUGGCUGGUUGAUGAAGUUAAAUCUAGAUAUUAUAAACUAACAGGUGUGCGUCCCAUCUUCAGUCUGAUGACAUCAGAUGGCGCGAUACUUUCAGAAGACGAUCCCCUCAGCCUGGUGCUAUCGUCUCCGGAACUCAAGACUUGCAUCACGAACUGGAAGGCGUCACCGGCUGAAGAACGGUAUUUGGAGUGCUGUGAUGCUUUGAGUAUACCACCUUCCGAAGAGAUCCAACAAGCAGUAGGACGAAGCCACACAACCCGCCGACUAGCAUUAGGAGCAAAAACGUUAAAUUCAGCGCAAAUACGACCUCUAUUCAGAGCUUUAACCCACCAAACACAAAUCACAGCUAUCAUGAUAUCAGACAACAAUAUAGGAGACGCUGGCGUCAAGUACUUAACCGAAUGUUUGUGCACCAUGAAGCAUUUAACACAUCUAGAUAUAAGCAGAAAUAACGUCACAGACGAAGGAACGAAAAGUCUACUUAACAUGUUCGAAAGAACAAACCGACCAGCCUGCACGUCUUUAGAGGAACUCGAUAUUAGCGCAAACCCUAUAUCGGAUAAUGGCUUCAGAAAUAUAGCCAAAAUAAGCCAGUACAUCCGCCUAAAAAUACUAAAACUAAAUUAUUGUAAUAUAACAGAUAAUGCAAUUAAUGAAACGAUUAAAUCGAGUAUGAAUUUCGAUAGUUUGGAAUCGAUUGAUUUGAGCAACAAUGAACUGAAGAAUGGUGUUGUCAGUUGUUUGAUGACGUCAUUGAAUCCGAACGUGCUGGUUGAUUUGGAGUUGGAUAAUGUUGGCGUUGAAGGAAGUGUGGUCGGACAUGUGGCCAGUUUCAUGGAUACUGCUAAAGACUUGAAGAUCAGAAGAUUUGGACUAUCUAACUGUAAAUUAGUUGAUGGGCAGUUUAUGAGGAUAUUUAGGAGUAUCGGCCGAACAAAACACCUGCAAACGAUAACUCUAAAGAACAACAACCUAACAUUCAUAACACUAAAGAAACUACUCCAGCGGCAACCCCCAGUUCCCCAAAUAAACCUUCAGGGUUGCCAGGACAUAUUUAAAUAUUCCCCCGAUUCGGAUUUCCAAGUUUGGUUGCCAGCCAUCGACUUUGGAAGAUGCAUUCCAGAAAUAAAUGUGACACCGGUAUCGAAAACAGAUGAAGAACGGGAGAGUUUUAAAUCUUUUUCUAAAACAUGGUUGAACUGUUUCAAAGGGAGAGGAAUGAUUGAGCACUGCGAAGGAGGUGUUAUUAAAUUCACUGCUAGAUAAUAAUAGUUUAAUGGUACUAAAAAUGCUAGAAAAGAAAAAUUGAAUCUGAAAUAUAAAAUCUACAGCUAAAUCUUGUCAAUGCACCCACUCCUUGAAAAUCACAAAACUAAGUAAGACUGACUUACACAUGAAUUUGUUUUAAUAUAAGUAUUACCAUAGCUUCUGAAUAACAAUAGUGUUUAUGAUUUUGAAAUCAAUGCCUUCACAAAGUGCAAAGUAUUACAAUAUGUAAAUAUUAGGGAUUGUAUUAAUUUAAGAGUAGUGUAACUAAUUUAAACUUUAAAUUAUGUAGGUUAGUGAUUGAUUAGGUAAUUUAGUUUUAAUAAAGAGUUGUUAAUUUUUUAUAGACUUAAUUUUAAAUCCAUAUUGAUUAACUACUACAUAGUAAAUAAAGAUUUUGGAGCCUUUGUACUAUACUGUUUUGACAAUAAAACCAGUGACCCAUUUACAUAAA